UGAACGCCAACCCUGCAGACCUUCCGGACAGCAUCGUACUGAUCCGGCUGAUUGAAAACGACGGCGCAACGCCUCGCAAGAAGUAUAGCUUGGAGGAUGCAGAGGUCCAGCAGCUGCGGCGCGGAGUGGAAGCUGGGCGGAAGGUGGUGGAGCUGCUGCAGCUGGUGAUGCCCAAGGCCGUGGAGGCCCUCAUCCGCCAGCUGGACUCGUUGGUCACCCAGCUGCGCCAGGUGGAGGAGGCCCUUGAGAGGAAGGUUCAGCGGGCUGCAGGCGGCGAGGAGGACAGCACCACGGUGGUGGAGCAGGUGAAGCUGGCGGUGCAGCUGGAGGACAACCUGCGCCUGCUCACCGCAAAGAAGUGCAGCGUCGUAGCGGAGGACGACGGUGCCACCUGGACGGCCUGGGCCGAGCUGGGUGGAUUUGGCGACAUCCUGAGGCUUCUGCUGCUGCAGCUGCGCGCGAACGGCGAGCUGGAGAAGGUUGAGGAUGCCGCUUGUACACCCAGUCCUGGAGUUUACGUUGGACCACCUAUUAUCUCGGUCUUAAGGACAAAGGAAGACGAUUGUGAAGAUGGCCAUUUAAAGGUCAAUGACCUUCUUCUAGACAGGCAACGGUGGAGGUACGCGCGCAGCCUCAAGAGCUCACACGCCGACGGUCUGGAGGGGCUCCUGUCUGUCGUGGCGCCUCAGCUCGAGGAGCUGGAGAUCCCGCGGCCGGUGCAGCCGAGCGUGAUGGUGGAGGUGGAGAAAAUGAAGUCUCUCAAAAGACUGGAAGUAAGAUGCGUCGAUGACUUGGACUACGCUGACCUCCCGCUGCAGCUCGAGGAGCUCGCGAUUCGUUCUCCCUGUGAAAAUCAGCUGCGAUGUGUGGGUCGGAUGCCCCGGCUGCGCAGCCUGCAGGUAGACGACUACCUUGGACCUAAUGUGAGCUUCGCUCCCUCGCAGCAUGGAACCCUGCGGUGGCUUAGUUUGUGCCUCAAUACAAAGCACAAGUCAACCAUGAUGUCGCUCAUCCGCGCCUACGCCUCGUCAGUGCAGGAGAUCGUGAUAUUCUGUAGCGUCGGUGAUGAUUAUCUGAAUAAAGGAUUCUACUUCCCCGACCUGGGCGAGGACUUGGCGGCGUGCGGCCUGCUCGCCCUGCGACGGCUCGUCCUCGAUCGGCCUGCAGCUGACCCAUGCACCGACCAGGUCGCUGCCUGCCUGCUGCAGUGUCGGACCAUCGGAAGCUCCUUGCCUUCAUAUGUCCAAGUGGUCUGCGAAACGUGUCACAUGUCGCCAUUCUAGGGGGAAUGCCUCCAGUGUACUUUUAACUUCUAGCCUGCUUCUUGAAUGUGGUUGUGGCUGUAAUGGCGAGCAAAACGUUUACCCUUCCUGUUGUUUUACACAUACAUACCGUCGUGUAUUUGUCUUUUGUACAAAUGCUCUUAAAGUAAUUCUCACUGUGGAGAUUGUUUUCCAGUGCUUUUUAAAGUUUAACUGGUACUUCACAAAAAUAAAAGGAGUAAUACUUGAAA